CUUAAUUUCUUCAAUAUUUACAGAUAACGGUGUUACAAUUGACAAAAAGACUAAUUACACUGCGGGAAUCAUGCUUCUCUCGUUGAUCCCAUUUGCUCUGGUAGAGCUUGUUAAUGCUUUCAACGCAUACUUUGCAAGACGUAUUGUGAUCUUCACUACACUUGUAGUAUCAGGCACAUUUUUGCUGUCGUACUUCACUUAUCAGCUUUGGGAUCCAUGGAUUCAAGAAAGAAGUUUAGAAUAUUUGAAAUAUGAGAAUUUGCUAGCUGCUUUUCUCCAACAUGUGCAACGGAAUGCUAGAGGGAUGCUCGUUGAUGAACAAGGGCGACCUGAUAUUCAGAUCAUCGAAAGGUUAUUUUCUGAGAUAGAUAAGGACGCAAACAAAAGCAUAACCCUUGUUGAGUUGGAGAAUUUGGUUAAUGAUAUGCAAUCUGGGAAAGUUAAGGUUGACAAAAAUUAUGCUAUUUCCAAAAUAUCGACGGCUUUUGACCUUAACAAUGACAAGAAAAUCGAUUUGGAAGAGUUUGUUGGAGGAUGUAAAAGAUGGAUAGAAGAAGCUAAGAUGUUAGCUAAAAGUGAUGAUUCUACUACCAGAAGGAUUUUGCAUGAGGCAAGCAAAAACUUACAGUAAUAUCUUCUAAAAUCUCUCAUUUUCCCCUUACGUAAGUGUAAAAAGCUAUCUAUGUAAUUUAACCUGUUACAGCAUGUAACUUACCUUUUUGCCUAGUGAUCGCUCAGUGCAGACCUAUAUGGAAGGUAGGUGGUCGUGAAGGGUGUCACCGGACCCGUUAAUUUUAGUUAGUUUUAGAUAUAUAAGUAUAUAUACCUUAUGAAAUGAUCAUAUAUAUCGUUUGGCACCUUGAAACAU